UGCCAAAUAGUAAUUCUAAAGGUGCCCCGGAUUUCCUUAAUAUCACUACCACUACCAGCCAAUGAAAUAUCACAUUUUGAAUUAGAUGUAGAACCAUUAUUGCAUUAAACAAUCCGUCAGCAGAAUGAAACAAAAGCCGGACAGUUUUUCCAGGGAAUAUUUUCUCCUUCUACAACUGGUCCUUGAUUGCUUGAUUGAUUGUUUAUAGUCUGCAACAAAAACAACGAAUGGAACAUAUUAGCAGACGAAUUUAAGCCCAGUGGUGCAACCUGGUCUGCAAGUAAAAACUAACAAUAUGGUGGCAAAGGUCUCCUUGGGGAAAAUGUCUCCAGUUUUUGCAAAUUUUCGUAGGUUUGAUCGAGUGAUACCAUGUGCCAUGUCAUCACGAUGGAAGCUUGGAACAGUUCAAUGUCGAUAUCAGUCUUCGAGUGUUCAAGGCAACAAGACUUAUGAUAUGGUCAUAGUUGGUGGAGGCAUUGUUGGUUUAGCAACUGCAAGGGAGCUCACCUUACGUCAUCCAACUUUGAGAUUAGCAGUGGUCGAGAAAGAAAAUAAAGUUGCUGCCCACCAGAGUGGUAAGAAUAGUGGUGUGAUACAUGCUGGUAUCUACUAUACUCCAGGCUCCCUCAAGGCUAAACUCUGUGUUGAAGGUCUAGAGCUUGCAUACAAAUACUGUGAUGAGAACAAAGUGCCAUAUAAAAAGUGUGGAAAGCUCAUUGUUGCAGUUGACCAUGAAGAAGUUCCAAGAUUAGACGUGUUAUAUGACAGAGGACUAAAGAACAAUGUGAGAGACCUGCGGGUGGUCGGACCGGAUGAGAUCAGGGAAAUUGAACCCAACUGUAGGGGUUUAAAGGCUUUACACUCACCGCACACUGGUAUUGUAGACUGGGGAGAAGUGACCAAAUCCUAUGGCAGGAACUUCCAAGCAGCUGGUGGAGACAUCCAUCUCAAUUACAAUGUGAAAGAAUUCAGAACAACAAGUGAUCCAGAUUACCCAGUUGAUAUCAUUAGUAAUAAGCCGGACCAGACAAUCAGAUGUAAGCAUGUGUUGACAUGUGGUGGCUUGUAUGCUGACAGACUGGCCGAGAAGUCUGGGUGCAAUCCAGAGCCAAGGAUUGUGCCAUUCAGGGGAGAAUAUCUACUGCUCAAACCAGAGAAGUGUAAUCUAGUCAAUGGAAAUAUAUACCCCGUUCCAGAUCCUCAAUUUCCCUUCCUCGGAGUGCACUUUACUCCCAGGAUGGAUGGAAAUGUAUGGCUUGGUCCCAAUGCCGUCCUGGCCUUCAGAAGAGAAGGCUACCACAUGACAGACUUUAAAUUAGGAGAAUUUAUAGAUGCAAUAAGUUUUAGAGGUCUUCGAAAGCUGGCAUUCAAGCAUCUUGCCUUUGGUAUGAGUGAGAUGUACAGGAGUUUAGCUAUGUCAGCUCAAGUCAAAUUACUUCAGAGAUUUGUUCCUUCCCUGAGUCCAGCAGAUGUGACAAGAGGACCUGCUGGUGUCCGAGCCCAGGCAUUAGACAGAGAGGGAAACCUUGUGGAUGACUUUAUCUUCGACGGAGGAGUUGGGAGUCUUGGAAGCCGGAUGCUGCACGUCAGGAAUGCCCCAUCACCUGCUGCUACGUCAUCACUAGCUAUAGCGAAGAUGGUGGCAGAUGAGGCCAAGAAACGAUUUGACUUAUGAGCAUGUUUUCCAUUUUUGAUUUGCUUUCUUGUCAGUAGUGGAAAAUAUGUAGCCUUAUCUCUGGAAACAUUAAUGCCUGUCACCUUUGAGGUCCUGGUUUCAAUUCAUGGCAGGUCCUUGAACACUCAUGUGAUAGAGAGGACAACUCUCUUCAACAGUGUAGGUUCCCUUCAGGGUUUCUGGUGUCAUGCUACUUAACAUUACAACUGCCCAAUAUUGUUUAAAGGGCUAACUAUGUCCCAGUUGAGGACGAGCUCUCACUUUUUAAAGAGUUCUCUAAAGUGUUGAAUAUGAUUUCACAUUUCAUGGUGCUUCACUUUCUUGGUGUAUUAUGAUGUGCAAAUAAAUUUACAAUUAUUAGGA